CAAAAUUUUAGUAUAAAAGGUGAUGCACACAAAAUGUCUGUUUAGAAGUAAUUUGAAUCUCACGAAAGUCACACAAAUCACAAUGAAAUUCUUUAUCGUUCUUAGUAUUAUCGCUUUGGCUGCUGCAGAUGAGUUUAAAGUUCGUACCACGGACGACUUGCAAGUUUUUCGCCAAGAAUGCGGAAAAGAAUUAAAUAUUACUGAGGAGCGCUUGGAAAAGUUCAAGAAAUGGGAUUUUGGAGAUGAUGAAGAGACAAAGUGUUACAUCCGUUGCGUAUUUAAGAAAUUUCCCAUUUUCGAUGACACUACAGGACCAAAUGUUGAAAAUUUGGUGAAACAAUUGUCUCAUGGCUCAGACAAAACAGAAGAAGAAUUGAGAACCGAAGUAACUAAAUGCGUGGACGCAAAGAAGGACAACGAGAACGAAUGUAGCUGGGCUUUCCGUGGAUUCGCUUGCUUCAAAAAAUCAAACUUGCAAUUGAUUCGAGCAAGUACCAAGAAAGAUUGAAGAUAAAUACAAAAGAACAAACCAUAUUGCCAUAUUUUUUAAGACUGCAUAGUAUUUCAAAAAUUAAAAAAAAUUUGAAGAAUGAAAAGCAAAUAACAAAAACUAAAAAAAUCUUUUUCCAUUAUAUUAAUAAA